AGAGAGCAAACCCGACGACCAGAUUCUCACUGAAAUAAUGCCAGCGCUGUGCACUCUCAUUUAAGUGCAGACUCUGAGAGGUUCCGCGCGCUCCUUAGAUCAUGGAACGUCCCACAGAAUCUUAUGUGGUGCCGUGACUAUUUUGGAAGUAUUUUUGAACAAUUUAUUAGCAAUAUUUUGGUUAUUCUGCACCUUGACAACUUUGACUUAAGACCGCAUAUACUCAUUUUUUACCUUCUUUUGCAAAACUUUCAAUCUCUGGUGACUCAGUCAUCAAUAUGCAUGAGUCAUUAAGCCCCGGGCUUCUUAGCGUUCUCUUUUAUUGAUCCACGUCUGAGCUGCUCCGAUAACAGCCAAAUACAAGAUAUGAGACAACUCAAGGGCCAUGUCUCCACAUAGAGGAACUGUUAUUGUUAUUUAGGUUGUGGUGACACUGACAGACAGGUUGAUCGUGAUGGAUGUGAGAUGUCGAUUUCUCUUCGUCUGCUCGCUGCUCGUCGCGUGCAGUGACGGGUCUCCGUUCACCGACUGCAUUCAGAGCAAAGGGAAAGCGGGGUUUUACGAGGGACCCAUAGACUCAACCGAAUCAGGCGUGAAGUGCAUGAACUGGAGCGAUGUGCCGGGUGUCAUAGAGCGGUAUUCGGGAAAAGGGCUCGGGGAUCACAGUUUCUGCCGGAAUCCGGACGGAAGAAUUCGGCCCUGGUGUUUCUUCCAAAACAGCCGAGGACGCAUAGACUGGGGGUACUGCGACUGCAAGCAAGGUUCUUUGCGACUGCAUGGAGGCAAAUCCAAGCUGGAUGGAACAGUAGAAGUGUAUCUGAAUGGUGUGUGGGGAGCCAUCUGCAGUAACGGAUGGGAUGACCGAGAUGCCGCUGUGGUGUGUCGACAGCUGGGACAGGGCUAUAGAGCGCGUGCACGUGUGAGUCCUCUGUCACGUCUGGUGGUGUCUGUAGUUCACUGGCAGACUGUGGGCUGUGAUGGACAGGAAGAGGACUUACUGCAGUGCAAUCACACCUUCUGGAACGGGGGAGAGUGUGUUAACCGUCACGCGGCUGCCGUCUCUUGCACGCCAGUGGAGGCUUCAGUGUUUGUCCCAGUACGUCUCUCUGGUGGGCCAUCAGCGUAUGAAGGCAGAGUAGAGGUGUAUCAUGCAGGACAGUGGGGCACAGUGUGUGAUGACCAAUGGGAUGAUAAUGAUGCUGAGGUGGUCUGCAGGCAGCUGGGGUUGGGGGGCAUUGCUAAGGCUUGGGUAGGAGCAUAUUUUGGCGCAGGCUCAGGGCGAAUAUUGUUGGAUGAGGUGAGCUGCACAGGAAAUGAGCUUUCCAUAGAGCAGUGUCCAAAAACUGCCUGGGGGGAGCACAACUGUGACCACACAGAGGAUGCUGGAGUGUCCUGCAUCCCACUUACAGAUGGUGCAGUGCGUCUGGUUGGGGGUGUGAAGGGUUAUGAGGGAAGACUGGAGGUUCAUUACAGAGGUCAGUGGGGGACCGUGUGUGAUGAUGGCUGGACACAAACCAACACACAGGUCGUCUGCAGGCAGCUGGGCUUCAGGUCAGGGGAGAGUGUGUCGGCAGGGCGGUUUGGGGUGGCGGCGGGUCCCAUUCUCCUGGAUGAUGUUAAGUGUACAGGAAAAGAGCCCACAGUAACACACUGCAGCCGGAGAGGCUGGUUCAAACAUGACUGCACUCACAACCAAGACAUAGCCGUUGUGUGCAACCCCCAACGCUCCAGACACGGAGUGCCCAACAGUAUGCCUGUGAGACUGGUGGGCGGAGAGAAUGAGAGAGAGGGGCGUGUGGAGAUCCUGGUGGCUGGCCAGUGGGGGACGGUUUGUGAUGACGGAUGGACGGAUCGGGAUGCAGAGGUGGUGUGCAGACAGCUGGGUUACAGUGGGCUGGCUAAAGCUCGUGUAAUGGCGUAUUUUGGAGAAGGUGAGGGGCCAAUUCACUCUGACAAUGUAAAGUGCACAGGUGGGGAACAUUCGCUGAUUGACUGUAUCAAACAACCAUUUGGGACACACAACUGCCGCCAUAGUGAAGAUGCCGGUGUUAUUUGUAACUAUGGGUUACAGAAGGAUUCUCCUGAGGUCAAAGAGGCAGUGGGCUCCAUGUGUGGUCUAAGACCCUCUCAUAUCCGUCAGAAGAGAAUAAUAGGAGGAGAAAACUCGCUACGUGGGGGCUGGCCGUGGCAGGCAGCUGUGCGCUUACGGGGGUCUCAGGCAGACGGACGGUUGGUAUGUGGAGCCACUUUGAUCAGCAGCUGCUGGAUCCUCACCUCUGCUCACUGCUUUAAGAGGUAUGGUAACAGCACUGGGCUGUAUAAAGUUCGUGUGGGUGAUUAUCACUCUCUGGUUCCUGAGGAGUAUGAGGAAGAGUACGCCGUGGAGAAGAUCGUCCUUCACCCGCGCUACCGCACUGACAGCAAUGACUACGACCUGGCACUGGUGCGUGUGUCUGGCCACAGAGCUCAAAGGGGUGUCACGGGCGUCUGCGUCACACUGAGCCGCUUCGUGCUGCCCGCCUGCCUGCCAAUGCGGAGAGAGAAAGUGACAAAGGGCAUUGCCAACUGUUACAUCACAGGCUGGGGAGACACAGGUCGUGCAUAUUCAAAAACUCUCCAGCAGGCCUCCAUUUCGGUGUUGAGCAAGCGUCAAUGCGAGCAGCGCUAUUCUGACCAGUUCACCAGUCGCAUGCUCUGCGCCGGCUCCUCCCAUGACAACCACCACGUGGACAGUUGCCGUGGAGAUAGCGGCGGUCCGCUGGUGUGUGAGAGGCCAAGUGGAAGUUGGGUUGUAUAUGGGGUCACGUCUUGGGGUCACGCGUGUCGACUGCAAGAUGCACCCGGCGUCUACACCAAAGUCUCUGCCUUCGUGCCCUGGAUUAAGAAGGUCAUUGGCAAGUAGGGCCCAGAAACAUCAAACAGUAUACGACAGUCUGUCUGUGAGGGCAGAAAAAUUAAGCACACUUUUAGGGUAAAAGCUUUUAGAGCUAAAUAUGUUAUAAAAUAGAUAGUUUUCUUAGAAUAUAUGUUGAACACUUAGGCAUAAAGCUUUAAAAUCUGUGAGGUUUAAGCUUUAAACAAUAUAAAGUUGCUUCAGUAACUUUAUCUGGUUUAAACAAUGGUUAGGUAUUUUUACUGAAAAACACACACUCUCUCUCGCUCACUAUCUCUCUCUCUCUCUCUCACACACACACACACACACACACACACACAGGCCUAUGAUAGUGACGUGUGGAUUGGUCUUAAAUUGGCAGGUUAAAUUAUUGCAGAUUUUCUUUUUUUUUUUAAUAAUGAAAGCACUUCUAGGUUGAAGAGACCACAAUGCUGAGUGUGGAGUUAUUAUUAUUUUAAAUUUUUUUAUUAUGAAUUACGAAUACAGUAAUGAAAGCAUAUCUGUGUGACUAUGUACUUUAUGCCAUUAAGAGACAGAAACUAUGUGAGCCUGUAAAAUGGGACGAAAAAUGUUCCAGUUUGAUACUGAAGAACGUUCCAAUGGCUUGAAAUCAGAUCAAGAUUUAAUGCUGAAAUGAGAAGAUUCUGGAUUUCCUGCUAAGAAAAUGUAUGGUAAUUCUAAACUCCUGGGAUAUGGUUACCAUGCCAUUGCUAAGUAACUGACCACAUCACCUCAUCGACACAUUAAAUGACAUCAUAAUGCUCCACAGGAACCAUGACAUCAUUUAUUAUAGCACAGAUGUUUGUGAUGAUAACUGGACUGAGGUUUUCUAGAUCUCAACAUCAGGACAAAAAGCACAUCAUAUAUUUGCUUAUAUGGGAAUUAUGUGCAAUGCAAAACUGUUUAUACCUCCUUGUUUUAGUGUUGUGAUAAUGCAUUUCAUUUCAGCAUAAUUAACUUGUGUUUGUUUUCUGUGAUUUACGUCUAUAUUACGUAUCUGUGAGUAUGAUUUAUGAGAGUAGUCUUUAUACAAACGACACCCCUU